CAAUUUCCCCUAAAAUCGUCGGUUUUAGCGAAGUUAUUUUAUGCUUAAAGUCCACGAAAACAAAUUAUUUUGCCUCAAAAUGACCAAAAAUUUCCGACCCCUAGUAAAAGCCAAUAACAGCUAAUCAGGAUUAUUAAAAGAUAUCGUCCAAAAUAGACAUCAAGCCAACUAACUGAUGCUUGGUAUCUCUCAUUUUCAGAGGCCUUGAGCGCGGUGGAGCCGAUCAUCACCCUGAUGGUGCGGGCUUAUGAUCUGGGCAUUCCGAGUCUAGAUGCCGAGGUGCCCGUGUACAUUUACACCGAGGACAUGUUCUCGAGAACAAUGCGGUUCAUCAUCUCGCAAGAACCCCAACAAGUCGAGGAGCAUCAAGCCGAGAUCAGUGACCUCAUCUCCACCAUGACGGGUGGGGAUGCCGAGAUUCAAGACAUCAAUCCUUACUACGGCAAUGAGAUCGCCUUUGAUGGCUAUGAAAUCGCCGAACUCGAUGUGGACCGCGAGUCCAAGGCUGUGGCUUCGAAACCUAAGAAGUCGGUGGUGGACGUGUUCAUACGAUAUCCGGCCAAUAGUAUUGUGGAUAUGAAUGCUGUGACCUCAAAAUUGGUGGCUAACUCGAGCGGAGCAAUUGCUCCAAGUAAUUCCGGGUCCAAGUCCGAAAGCUCUUCCACAUCUUCGUCCAGCGCAAAUCAGGAGUUGGAACAACGGAAUGCAACUUUAUUCUGGGCGCUGAUGCUCAUAUGUUUAUUUCUGGCCGCCCUCGUUUUCCUUGCUUUGUGUUGCUACUGUUGUCCUGGUUGUUACUACUACAAGGGAGACAAAGUCAAUUCUGUUGGGAUUCACGGGAGUGAAAGAGACAUUCGCGUCUUAACCGUCACCGAUGGGGCGGGACGUGAACUCAAGGACGCCAAAUUUGUGGAAAUCAUCAGGUCUGCCAAGGAUCGGAUCCGAUCCGCAGCCAGUAUGGGACGAACAUCGGAACUGAAGCGUUGGCGGGUUCGAAGUGCAGGAUCUUUCCGAAGUGGAAGUGACAGAUCUCAUCUUCCUCGGCAAGGGCAGAGACCAUAUCAGCUCCUUGAUCCAAAAGACUCCGAGAGCAUCAUUUUGGUCCGCGAGGCUGGAGGUCGAGUUUCACGGAGGUCCCAAAAUGGUCCCAAAGGCCGGGACGACCGAUACCGGGUGAGAGACAUGGAGGAACUUGAUGCACAAGCACUAGCUGAUCGGGAUCAUCAGGAAGAAGAGCUGGAUUUGGAUUCCGCAUAUGUUCUGGAACAAGAAGGCAUCGAUGAACGAACAGGACAACGGACACGGCGACGAAUCUAUCACAGCCGUAAAACGCCCAUUGACAAGGGGAAAAUAUUCAAGGUGGUGGAUGAGGAUGAGAGGAACCACAGUCGGCAAGGUGGAGAAGAUAUCCAAGUUUUGAGACUUGAUGACGACACCCGCAGGGAAGAGACCUAUCGACGGGUGGGUGGAUCCGAGAUUCUUAGCCUGGAUGAGCCCAAAGAGCAAGUUCACAAGGCCGUCGGCACGGAUCCCAAUCACCCAAUUCAAAUAGAGGUCCAAGGAGAGCCAAGGCGAACAAGAAGUGAGUUGGAUUUAGCCCAAGUGGAUUUGCCUGAUGAUCCAGGGGGUGAAUUCUACACGGCCGUAGGGCCAGAUGGAAAAGAAAUCAUAUUGAGACGAUAUCUCAAUGACCAGGCAUCCGAAAACAACCCGUACAUGGAACGAGGUUUCCUCAGUAUGGCCAUGGUUCAUUUGCAGGAUCAACAUGAUCCUAAUCUAGCCCAAAAUUCAUCCAAAAAGAGCCCGCGGAAAUUGACUGCCUACGUUGAUGCUAGUGGGCGUUACUAUAGGGUACCAGACCCUCGUGGUCAUCCUGGGGGAUCUCAUAGCUUACCCCGUAGGCCAGGUUAUGUGGAUGGAUAUGAGACUGGGGAAUCCAUCCAAAGUGAUAAUGAUAGCAAUGCUUCUCCCUACCGACGCCCUCAUUACAACACAUUCCAUGGGCAUCCGUCCCAACACUACAACCCUAAUAAAGGGCUCAUCAAUGGAAGCAAUCGACAGAAACACAAGACCCUAGACAAUCCUAACCCAGUGCAAGAUCUGACGCCCAAGCACCAGAUCCGGACCCCUAUUUUAGAAGAAACAGAGAGCACCCUUGAGGCUGAAAGGCUGAAAUCCCGACAAUCACGUCGUGACCAAAUCAAAGUAUCAUAUGAUCAUUCGGAUGCCAGUGUCUUGAGGUUUCGAAUCAACGAUGGGAAUGCCUCGCCUGAACCCGCUUACACGGACACAAAAGCAUCCAUCUUGAGGAGGCGAAACACCAUGGCCAAAAUGCUCAAGGAGGAGGACAACCGUCAAAGCCAGGAGGAUCCCCACCAUUUGAAGCCCAGUCAUCGAUACCGACACUGGAGUCUAAAUGAGUUGAACCAAAGGCAUGACAGUGAAACCAGAGCGGCCAAGAUGAGGAAGUGGAACAGUUUAUCAAAUGACGAAUUGAUCAACUACAAGCAUUCCUUGAGUAAUACAAGGGUGCCUCAUCUCCGAGCAGGCCAUGAUGGGCAAAUUGAACUCGUUCCUGUUGAUAGCACCCAUCCUCCACUUCAUCCUCAUCAUGUGCAUCAUCUGGCUUCACAAGACUCCUUGCCACGCAAGUUUUCCAAGCACAUUUCUGUUACUCAGAGAGACAGGGAUCAAGGUUACAAUGACGAUGCCAUCUCUUAUCCCAGGGAAGCCAACUCACAAACCCUGAAUGUUCACAACCGAGAGCCACUUUGGUAUCGCCUGACCAAUGGUCACUCCUCCACAAGGGGAUCCAAAGGCUUUCACUCUCACGCGGCUUCCAUCCAUAGAGAUCCGUUGGAUUACUCCCAAGCUUCUUCCACCACCUCUUCUGAAGGUUUGUUUCAAGCAUUUUACAGGGUGGUCAAGAAGCCAAUCUCCAUCAUUGAAAACUCUAUUUUUCUCUCUCUGAUAGUGUCCUUACCAUCUCGGGCCAGUUCGGUCAUGAGUCAACCCCAUAGGCAUAAAAUUGACCGCAUGGUGGAGCAAGGUCAAAACAGUCGUUCAAUUGUGGACGAGAACUUUGCCAAGAAUAUUGGAAUCACUCCUGACAGUAGUGGACGACCGGGACAUGCCCAUUUGACGGCACCACAUUCACAAUAUGUACCUGAAUCCGGCAGUGAGAUGAACAGUCUAGAAUACACCUUUGAUCACAAUGGCGAGGUCGUCAGCAAGGAUGACUCUGACGUGAUUAUGAUCCAUGAACAUCCUCGAGUCCGCCGUCACACAACUGAAAUCCGCCGGAGCAUCAUGAACGCCACACCCAGAUAUAUGGACUGGUACAAUGGUCCCAAUCAAAACUCACCGCACCGGCCUUCCCAAUUGAGCACAAUCUCUGCGCCAGCCAUUCCAUACGGAAGUCUCCAAAGUUUAAGGCCCACACGCACGCGCUCACCCUCGAGAGAAUUACGACCCUCGAUGGUGCUAACGCGAUCCCUCACAAGAUUGCCCGAUGGACAAAAACUCGAGAAACACGUCGAUGAGGACCUGGGACAUGGUAGUCCCCAGGAAGAGCAAUCACGGCCUAAUUCUAUGGAAGAUCUUCAAGAAGACUCGUCUGAAUCAGGUAUUAGUUCGCUGAGUCAACCGCAGCAUCCACGGCGCAAAUCUGCGCAAGAAAUUAUGAGCAAGAAAAGUGUCUUCAGUCGAGCCUACGACGAUGUGAGUGUGCGCCACAUUCGACCCAAUUCAGCAGAAGUUCUAAUAGACUAAAAGUCAUUUUUUCGAAAUAUACACAGUCUUGGUACCGCUUUCAAAAAUUAAUCAGAUUAGUACUUGUCUAUCGGUGACU